AUGGGGGGUCGGAAUCGGUCGCGUUAUGCGAGGAGGCAGCUCGACCGCCCUUGGCGUCCUCCUCUCCCUCCGCAUGCUCACGGACAAAAGCCCCGGUCAGUACCAUUAUGGGAAAGGGAAUUCUGCACUUAUGUUGGCAACAUUUCCUGGCAGAGGUUCUGCGAAAACAAGCGAUAUGUUUCGAUAUUCCAUGACCUUGAGCAGUGGGAUGAUUCAGGAGCCUUUGAGAAUUUCCAGAAUGCAAAGACAAAGUUCUGGGCUAACUAUCAUGGCCAACAUUCUGAUAUUCCUCUGCCGGACCCUGAUAUGUACAUCGAUAAGGUCGACCACCACUGCCAAGUUGACCCUGAGUUGGUAGCUGACCUUGGGCUGCCAAUUGACUCGGAUAAUAAUUCAGCCAUGGAUAAUAAUUCAGACAAAAUGUGUACUCAGAAUCAGUCUGGAAACUGGGGUAUCUACAUAGAAAAGCCGGCUGAAGUGAAUGAAUGGAACUGGGAACCCAGUCCAGGAUCCAAUGCCACUUGGGGAGGGAACAAUGAAUCUUCCAGCAAAUGGGGUACUAGCAACUUAUGUUGGAGUCGUGCUCCGGAGGAGCCUAGUUGGCACAGCUGGAGCAACGACCACUAUGCAUCAAACAACAGGAAUAAUUUAUAUGAUGGCUCCAACAAUAACAGGUACCAGGAGGAGGAUCCAAGUCACACAUCAGGAAGGAUACAGAGCGGCAGUGGACACUUCCACCAGAAGAACAAUAAAAUGAAGAACAAGAAUGAGGUCUUCGGAAGGAGCAGCUGGCAGGAUCCUAGAGGAAGAAAGAAGGAAUGGCGUCCAGUGCAGAACAGGGCCUGCCAAAGUGCGCAGAAAACAGAAGAUGGCUCUUGA